GCUUUUUCUUCUUCUUUUCUUUUUUUCUAUAUAUAAUGGAUUCUUUAUUCAUCAAACUAUCACAUUUGCUAGGUGGGCAUGUAGCUCCUGAUCACUUAAAGCUGGCAUUUUCCAUCUUAUCCACCUAUCCUUCCGCUAUCUUAUUUAAACAUAUUUCUUCUACAAGCAUCAAGCAUGUAUUUUCCAUAAUAUAUACCACAUUCAUUAUGCUAUCUGUGCUUCAACUUUACGAUGGUUAUAUCCAUGCCUUUACCAUUUCUUUGUUCUCCUAUUUCUUUAUGAAGUACACAAAUUCUGCAUGGACAAACUUUAUCGUUGUCAUGGCAAGCAUGUGUGUUUGUCACAUUGGCCGUAUUCUCAAGGGAUUUGAAGGUGAUACCGACUUGGAUUAUUCAGGGGCAAUGAUGAUCCUCACGAUUAAGCUGUCUUCGUUUGGCUUCAAUAUAUUGGACGGCCGCUUAGCUGAAUCUAAAAAUCUGUCUGUUCAUAACCAGCAAAUGAAAAUUUCGUCCUAUCCCUCGUUCAUUCAAUACUUUGGUUGGGUCUUUUUCUUUCCUGGCUUCUUGGCUGGACCGACAUGUGAAUACAUGGAUUAUAUACGGUUCAUUGAGACCAAGAUUCAAACAUCUACUUGGAAACCUGCUCUUAUGAGACUGAGCAAAAGUUUUGCAUUUAUCGCGGCACUGGUCUAUCUUGGACCUACUUACAACUUCUUUCAAGCUCUCCAGCCAGCAUGGUCGCACAAAUCAUUUUGGAGCAAAAUCUUUUUUAUUCAACUAUCUGCCUUUCUGACAAGAUGUAAAUAUUAUACUGUGUGGUAUCUAUCAGAAGGCGCCAGUAUCUUGGCUGGAAUGGGCUUCAAUGGGUAUGAUCAGGAUGGCCAUCCCAAGUGGAAUCGAUUGACCAAUGUCAAUGUUGUCUAUUGUGAGUUUGCGCAGUCUUAUAAGCAGCUAUCAGAAAAUUGGAAUAUCGGCGCUAAUCACUGGUUAAGACACUAUGUUUAUUUGCGGUCAGCUCAUUUUGGAGCUACAACAAGCACACUCUUGACUUAUGUUGUUUCUGCCAUGUGGCACGGAUUUCAUCCAGGCUUCUACAUUUUUUUCAUGACACUUUCUGUUCUUCAAUUGAUCGCUAGACAGGUACGUAGAACCGUCAGACCCUUUUUUCUUAACGUCGAUGGAACACCCAAAGGAUACUGGAAAACAUUCUAUGAUGUCUGUACAUGGGCCGCUUCCUUUGGAUUGCUCAACAUGCUCGUUCCUUGUUUUGAUUUGUUAUAUGUGUCACGUAUUCUACAUAUCUGGCGUCAGAUUUAUUACUGUCACUUUAUUGUGAUUGCCAUAGGCACUGGAUUUUUCUAUGCACUCAAGCCGAGUCUCAGACAGAUACAAAAGAAGCGAGUUGAAAAACAUCUUGAACAGCAAAAGGAUGGAAAGAAAAUAAACUAGUUUUUUGUUUUAAUCAUGAUCAAGGCCAGAAAUGUUAGUAUCACUGUAAGGCAAACAAUCAUUAUCAUCAGGGGUAUCUUUAUCGCGUAUUGCCAGUCUAGAAAGUAAUUAUGUAAAGGGUGUCCCUUAUCCACAAAAGGCUAUAUACUCUUAAUAAAUCAACUAUGGCUAUAUUAUUUUAUAUUAC